CAACAUUCAAGAUUCAAACAUUUCGCAUUUUUAUCCUUGUGACGAAAAAUAUUGAAAUUCAAAAAUAAGGUCAACAUGUAAAAUUGUAUGAAUGUGGUGUCUGCAGUCUGCACUUAUGGAAAUGAAAAGAGAAUAAUCAUUCAUCAAAAUGAGUGAAGACGUAAGCUCAGAUCUAAUUAAGAAAACGCAAAAAAGUUUAGGAAAAUAUGUGAAAAAACCUCCACUGACGGAAAAAUUGUUGCGAAAACCCCCUUUCAGGUUUUUACACGAUAUUAUCAUUACUAUUGUAAGCGAAACUAACUACUUAAAGGGUUUAUUUACUGAAGAUGAACUCAACUCCGACAAAGUUAAAGAAAAAGAGGCCAAAGUCGCAUUUCUGAACAAGCUUAUCGAAGCAGUCAAGAAUACAACUAAAAUCGAUCUACCAGUUCGUUCAAGUAAAAUUAUAGCUGGACUGGAACCAGCAAAAACAAAUUCACUUUUACAAGCUAUAGCUAUUGCACUUGAUUCCAAUGUUGAUUCAUCCAGUUACGUGAAUAAAAUCAAAUCAGAUAAUGGUACGACUGAAAAAAAAGUUAGGAAAAUUCCUACAAAGGAAGAAAAAACGAAAUCUCGUCAAAAAAUAACCAAGGAAGAAGCAAUCAUUAAAACUCCGAAGGCUAAAAAUACUGGCGAUGAAACUCCAAAGGCUAAAACGUCGAAGGCAACUUUAGAUUCUUCAAGAAAUAGAGACACCAAGACCAGAAAGGUUAAAGAUGACAGUAAGAAAUUAUUGGAUAAAAAACAGGUGUCUGCUAGAAAGGAAACAGUCGUUAUUUCAAAAGAAAAUAAAACAUCCCCCAAAACUAAUGACAUUGAUUCUAGCAGGAAUGUUGAUGUUAACGACAGAAUACAAGACACUAACAAAACUGAAGCUGAAGAUACCAUCACUGAUGCAUCAGCAAUGGAAAAUAUUUCAGGAAAUGUUAUAGAUCCAUCGAACAGUAGAAAAGAACCAGAUGAAUCGUUACCAGAACAGAAUGUUAUUAUAGAAGAUCAAGUUGAUGCAAAUCAGGGAGAAAAGUUGGACUCUUUGAAUAAAAAUCAGGCAGAAAUAUCUAUGUCCACUAAUGAAGAAUAUACUCGUAGUUCGGUGGUUAGACCAAAAUCUGCAAGACCAAAAAGUGGUGAAAAAAGAAUACUUUCCGCAGCUAGGCAAGAAGUAGUACCAAUAAACAAUAAUGCAGACCCUCGGAUUAUCUCAGCCACCCAGCAAAAUAAGCCCACCAAUCGGCCGAAGAGCUCGCUGCGCCCGCCCAGCGUGAGACCGUCCAGCGCCAGACCGGGGGCACCCCGACUCAGGCCCGAUUCGGCGCUGCCCAUCAAAGAACCAGUGACGAUGGGCAACAUCAACGUCAUCGUGGAGAACGUGGAUGCGGCGGACGACGAAGAGACUGUCGUCAUAGAAACUGUGGGGGAGGCGCCCGAUGAGAAAUUAGGCCCUUUGGAGGUGUCUGCGGAGAAUAAGGGACAGUUGGUGGAACAGAUACUGGAGCAAAUCGCCGAGGAGGGAGAUGGAAAGAGGAAGACGGAAAUCGACUGGGAAACUGAAGCAUUCCAUUCUACGGAUGGGACACAUAAAGACGUAUCGAAUCUUCGUGGCUUGAUACAGAAAUUGACGAAAACAGCAAACCCAUUGGGAAAAUUGAUAAAUUAUUUGCAUGAAGAUAUUGAUGCUAUGCACAAUGAACUUCAAAUAUGGUCCAACACCAAAAGGCAACUCUCUGAGGAAAUUAUCAAACAGAAGAAGAUCAGCAUUGAAGCCAAUAAACCACUUACAGCACAUUUGGAUCAACUACAAAAAGAAAUCAAUAAACAACAACAAGAAAUAACAAUGACUCAUAGCAAUAUAUUAAGAAAUGACAUGAGAAUCAAAGAAUUGUUGAGUAAAUGAUGUUAAAUUGUUGAAAUGUUAUCAGUUGUUUUUCAAUGUUACCUACUGUUGUGAAAGAAAUUAUUAUUUAAAUAUUUUAGAUUAAGUUAAAAACAAUCAUAGAUUCUGAAAUUCACCAUAAUAUUUCAUGUUACACUGUUGAGUUAAUAUAUAUUACACAGAGCAUUUUGACAGUUUUUUUCAAGUCUCCAAAUUAAUCAUGCAAGAAUCAGCUUAUCAAAAAGGCAACAAUUUGAUAUUAUGCCUUCCUAUCUGAACGAAAAAAGCUCACAUCACAUUUUAAUGUAAGAUAUUAUUUAUUUAUUUAUCAUCACUAUAUUGAUCUAAUUGAGGAUAUUCUGAAGAAUCUAUAAUUUGCUGUAUCUUGAAAAAUAACAGUAAUAAUAAAAUAAAUAAACAAUUCAUUACUAAACCCAAUUGUGUCAUCAUACCUGCCAAAGUUCCUAAAUUUUUUGUUAAUGUCUUUACAGUAAACAUUUCAUCCAUUAUGGGUAGGUAUGUACUUUUCACAUGUAACUACACUUGGAGUGAAACAAAUUUUGUACUGUUAAUUGUUUCUAUGAAAAAAAUAAUUCACUCAAUUUAUUAUGUAUUUGAAAGACUAGUUGUUUGAUACCUUAUUAUUUAUAAUAAUCAGUAACUAUGUAUUUCAAUAUAAUUUGUUAAUCUCAUAUUCUUAUUUUUACAAAAAUCUCCAUAUAUAAAUAUGACAUAUGCACCUACCUGAUCCUGAUAUAUCUAGAUUAUAACAUUAUAAUAUAUAUGCUUGUGUAGGUACCUCUAAUGUCUCAUUAAAUGAAAUGUCUUAAAAAAGAAAGAAUAAGGGAAGGAAAUCACUGUUAUGCUGAAUUCAUGAAUCCAACUAAAUUAUAUGAGUAAACAGCAUUUCAAUUACAACUUAUCAAAAGCAAGUUCAUACCAUAUAAACACAAUUCAAAUAGCUAAUACUCACUGUUUUUUAGCAUUUGCACAAAUUUCAGUCAUAAUAAUCAAUAGUUGAAUAGUUGAGUUGGAACAUAACUAUGAUUAUUAAUAUUCAUCAAAGUCCCAAUAAUUUGAAGCCUAGUUGCAUUUCUUUGGGCACCCACAGCUGCUGUAGGUAAUUUAAAUAAUCAACAUCUUAUACUUAACAAAAAACAAAUUCAGUUAGGCUGCUACAACUCAAAUAAUUCUUCUUGUUGUUGUUCAUGGAGGUGCAGAGAAGUACGGAUUUUUUUACCUUGCUGCACUACAACUGUGUGUGGUAAAUGAUGAUCUGUUGAGAUAUUAUUGUUCACCUUCUGUUUCAUUCUUGAAAUAGCAGGUUGGCGACGAUCUCCAGUAAAAUCUGAAUUUACUGCAAACCUACAAAUACAUUUGAAAAGUUUGUCAAAUUGAGAUUGCAGAGAGUACUUACUCGCUUUUCUUUGUAGUUUUCCUGAUAUCCUCUUUUGUUGAUGCAAUAGCAGCAUCAAUUUUACUCAGAUAAUCAUCUAUAUUAUCAUUAUCAUCAUCAAAACUAGAAGUGGUAGGUGACAUUACUUCAGAAGUAGUCCCUGGUUUUUCAUUUUUACUUGGUUCAGUUUUUUCAGUACUGGGAAUUAGGAGGAACUCUUUUAGGAACAGGCUGUCAGAAGCCCACAAUUUAUUUGCUCUACGAAUUUGUUCAAUCUAGAAGGUGAAGCAUUAGAAACAUUCACUGCAGCUAAUUUGUAUAACACCUUACUGUUACAUUAUACUUUAGUGAUAUUCCUUGCAAUGUAUCAGCAUUAGAUACAAAGUGUUUGAUAUAAUUUUCAUUUCUAGUUAAGUGUUUGCUGGUACUUCCAUAUUUUUUUAGGGAUGAUGCAGAUUCUCUUAUGCUCAGUUUCUCGUAUGCCCCUCUAUCCAUUAUGUGCCUCAAUAUAUCAACUUUUUUUUAAAUGUAAAAUACACCAGAGAGCAUAAAUAUUUUCAACCAGAAACUGGGCUCAAUUUCAUAAUCAAAUUUUCCAUACCAUAUUCAGUAAUUGAUUUUCAUCCGUAAAAUCAUGAUGACUUCAGAAAGGCAAGGAAAUUUUACAUAAUUUUAAUUUUUAGCCUAAUUUUGAAAAACAGGAUCAACAUCAACACACACAACAGUGACAUAAAACCAGCAUACAUACAUAAAUAAACCAGAAUGACCAGAAACCAUUGACAGAUAUCAGCUGAUUGGGACAAAUGAGUAAUGACCUAAAUAGUGUGAAUUGGCCAAUCAGCUGCUGUGCUGCAAAAGUUGAAUUGUUUUCUUAUUUUUGUUCAUCGCACUUCG